GGGCUGCAGGGCGUGCGCUCGCAGCUCGAGGGCCUGGAGAAGGACAACGCGCAGCUGGACGAGGAGAACGCCGCCCUGCGCCACACCGUCGAGUCGCUGAAGUCGGCCGAGGCGCGGUUGGUGCAGGCCGAGCGUGACAACCGCGACCUGGAGCAGGAGAAGGAGACGCUGCGGCGCUCGCUCGAGGGCCUGCGCACUGCCGGGCGCAAGGCCGAGCGGCUCGAGGCCAGCGUGCAGGCCCUCGAGACGGAGAGCCAGCGCACCCAGCGGGCGCUGGAGGCCGCCAGCAAGAAGGCCGCGCAGACAGAGUGCGAGCUGCAGGAGAUGGAGCUGGAGAACCAGUCGCUGCAGCGCAGCGUGGAGGAGCUGCGCAUGUCGGCGCGCCGGCUGGAGGUGGCGGAGCAGGCGGCUCGCUCGCUGGAGGCCGAAGUGGCACAGAUCGAGAAGGAGCGCAAGCAGCUGAAGAAGGAGGUGUGGCGGCUGCGCCAGCAGGCGGAGGUGCGCGAGGCCGUGGCGGAGGAGGCGGCGGCACGCAUCGCGGAGCUGGAGGUCAACGGGCGCUCGCUGUCGCGCGAAGUGGCGCGUCUCUCGGAGUCCUGCGCCCGCCUGCGUGACGCCGAGCGAGACAGCAAGGAGCUUCUCAAGGAGGUCACCAUCGGCAAGAAGACGCUGGCGACGCUCCGAGAGGACCUGGUGACCGAGAAGCUGCAGGGCCAGCAGCUGAGCAAUGAGCUGGACAAGCUGAGCAACGAGCUGGAGAAGAUAGGCCUCAACAAGGAGCGGCUGCUACAGGACGCGCACAGCAACGACGAUACUAAGUACAAGAUCCUGGAGUCGAGGAUCGAGUCGACGCUCAAGAAGACGCUGGAGCUGCGGGAGGAGAAGAUCUCGGCGCUGGAGUCGCGCCUCGAGGAGUCCUCCAACCUCAACCAGCAGCUGCGGCAGGAGCUCAAAACGGUGAAGAAGAACUACGAGGCUCUGAAGCAGCGGGAGGAGGAGGAGCGCAAGAGCGGCGGCGGCGGCGUCAGUCCCCUGCCGGGCCGGCGCGCCGACGCGCUCGCCGUGAGCCAGACGCAGAGCGAGUCGCGUGAAGCCACACGGGAACUGCUGCGCGUCAAGGACCGGCUCAUCGAGAUCGAGAGGAACAAUGCGACGCUACAGGCAGAAAAGCAGGCACUGAAGGCGCAGUACAAGCAGCUGGAGUCACAGAACAACCACCUGCAGACGCAGAUCCUGGCUCUGCAGAAGCAGGCCGUGUCGCUGCAGGAGCACAACACCGCGCUGCAGACGCAGAACGCCAAGCUGCAGGUCGAGAACUCGGCCGUGAGCUCGCAGAGCGCCUCACUCAUGGCGCAGAACGCGUCGCAGCAGGGCCAGCAGGCGGCGCUGGAGGCCGAGGCGGAGGAGCUGGCGCGCUCGCGCGAGGAGCUGCACGCCACCUACGAGGCGCUGAGCCGCGACCACGAGCGCCUCGUGGGCCUGCACGAGCGCCAGGCCGCCGACUACGAGGCGCUCAUCGGCAAGCACGGCCACCUCAAGAGCGCGCACCGCGCCACGGAGCUGCAGCACAAGGAGCUGGAGGACAGGUACAACACGCUGCUGAAGCAGAAGGUGCAGCUGCAGGAGCUGGAGGGCGUGCUGCGUGCCGAGCAGGACAAGCUGGCGCAGGAUGCCAGCAAGUACGAGUCCAUCGCCAGCGACUACCACCGCUGCGGACGAGAACGACAGGUGCUGAACCUGACCUACAGCCACCUCAUGAAGGAGCACGAGGGGCUCCAGGUAGAUCACAAAGCGACCAAGAGCCAACUCAACGGGAGCCGCCUGGAGCAGGCACGCCUCGAGGCCGAGUACUCGGAGCUUCGCGAACACUGCCAGCAGCUGGACGUCACCUCGGCUAAGCUGAGCAACCAGUGCGAGCUUUUAUCGCAGCUCAAGGGCAACCUGGAGGAGGAGAACCGGCACCUCCUGGACCAGAUCCAUCGACUCAUGGAGAGCAAGGAGCAGUACCACUCUGAGCAGAUGCAGUACAUAGACAAACUGAACGAGCUGCGGAGGCAGAAGGAGAGGCUGGAAGAGAAGAUCAUGGACCAGUACCGCUUCUACAGCCUCUCGCCGCCACGACGGAAAAGCAACUGGAUCGCGGCGAAGAUGAAGAAGCUGAUCCGGCCGAAGAAGGAGGGCGGUGGCGGCGUCGCCGGCACCGGCGCCGGCAGCAGCACGACCGUGGGUCGGGAGCAGCUGCGCUGCAGUGUGGAGGGGGCGCUGGGCGACGGCCUCCCCGGGGACAGCCAGGACAGCUCGUCCGUCGGCUCCAACUCGCUGGACGAGAUCGGAGCUCACGGCGCCCACGCCGUCACCGUCACCCGCAAGAGCAGCACGAGCACGCUCAAACGGCUGCUGCGGAGCAGAGCCAAGGACAGGGACGAGCGGAAGGCGUUGCACCGGCGAUCCAUGUACGAUAAAAUACCCAGUGGAAAAAUUGGCCAAACGUACCUCAGCAAGACCCUCCUCAAAAAAGGAGUCCCUGAGACUCGGCAAAGCUUUUCCCGCGAUGAACGACCUGGUCCAGAGCAUCGGCUACUCGCUCUCAAAUUGGGUGGCGUCAGCGGCGAUGGCAGUGGUGGUGGCGGCGGUGUCAGCGGUGUCAACGGUGGAGGUGGUGGUGGCGGCAGCGGUGGCGUCGUUAACAUUUCCAGCAGCUCCAAGACCCUGGAAAGGCAGCAGCAGCAGCAGCCGGCAGGAUUGAUGCAACAACAGAAGCAGCAGCAGCAGCAGCAACGUGCAGGCAGCAUGGACGCGCUGGACGCGCCGGACGAGGGCCUCUCUCGGCACCGCCGGCGCGACCUCGGCUGCAUGGCCUUCUCCACGUCAGCCGUCAACAUGGUGGCCAGCACUUCCACGCCGAGCCUUCUCCUUGCGCGCCGCCGCCCAAAGGGGAAGAUGCCAGUGAGUUCGUCGUGCGAGGAUUCGGCGUUGCCCAGUCCCCAGGAGCUGCAUUCGUCCACACCAAUGUCCAGCGCGACAUGGCUCUUGACCGGCACCCGACGCCGCCGAUCGAAGUGCACUGCCCAGUGA